AUGACUUCAGUUCAGUUCUUGGGGCACAUGAUCUCAGCUCAGGGCAUAUCAGUGGAUCCAUCUAAGGUGGAAGUUAUGUUAAAGUGGGAACGCCCUAAGUCAGUGAUUGAGAUAAAGAGCUAUGUGGGGCUGGCGGGUUACUAUAAAAGAUUCAUUGAGGGAUUCUCCAAGAUAGUGGCACCCUUGACUCAACUAACUCGUAAAGACCAACCUUUUGCUUGGACCGACUGGUGUGAAGAGAACUUCCUAGAACUAAAGCAAAAGUUGAAUAGUGCCCCAGUGUUAGUGAUUCCUGAUACCGGUAAACCCUUUGAGGUUUACUGUGAUGCCUCCCAUCAGGGAUUGGGAUGUGUUCUGAUGCAAGACUAG